ACGAAGGCAAAAUUUGGACCUGAGACCAGAGAACGGAUCCAAAUAUUAGGUCCGUCGCCACCCCGUCGGACGUUAUGGGGCGGAACGAAUAUUCGGAUAUUCGUCUUUAAUAGGGCCCGAAUAUUCGGAGGCCAGAAACCACUAUUCGGGCCAGACCUAAAAAUAAGAUAACCUUUAAUUAGCCCCACAGUGGGGAAAUUUGCAUUGGUACAGUAAUACAAUAAUUAUUGCACAUAUCAGUGGCACUGCACAGAGUUAGUAUGUACUUCUGUUUAAGAUUUUUAAGGCUUGCGUUUUUUAACGUUACCUGCUUAUGUAUUUUAAUUCUACAGUCUCCUUUCUUUAUACCUGUGGUCUAUUGUGAAGCUUCCGCCACAUUUCUUCUUUCAAGCUGCGCGCUUUGACGCAUCUGCGGCAACGUGGAUCAACGGACUUUGGCAAACGGGCAGAUAAGUGACCCGUUGAAAAGUUGUCCACAUCCCAAGGAACGGUUUGUCCCGUCAGGUCGAGCCGUCGGUGUGUGUCUGGACAGCCGCGGAGAUGUCUGACCUGUUCGUUUCCUUGGCGGUGUUGGCGGUGGCGGUGCUGCUCAGCGAGGCGGUCCGCCGGACAGCCGCGCGUCUCUGCCCCGGAGCUUAUUGGAUUUACCUGCUGGAGGCGGCGUCCACCUUCCAGCUCUGCAGCUGCACACAUGAACUCAAGCUGCUGGGAGAAACCACCCGGCUGGAGCUGCCGGUCGCCCUCACCCUCACCUUCUGCAUCACUGUGGUCCACUUGACAACUUUCCGGGAGGCGACGUGUAACCCCAUCGCGGCUCUGGAGAGCGUCUGUCGCGGCAGCAGCAGCGUCAAAGCGGCGCUCGUCCUCAUCGCCCUCCAGUUCGGCGCUGGGGUCGCCGCGCAGGUCUUCGCAGCCUCCGUGUGGUCGCUGGGUCUGUCCGACGUCCACGUCCGGCACCAGAGGUUCGGGUUCAGGUGCUUCGAUCCGCUCGGUGGGACGAUACUGGAGGCCGCGGCCGUGGAGCUGAUGUGCGCCUUCACGGUCCAAGCCGCGGCCAUGAACAUCCACAGAGUGGACGAGAAGCUCCGGGCUGCCCUCUUCGCUGCGCUCAUCACGGCGCUGGUUUUUGCAGGUGGAAGUAUUUCAGGAGCAGUUUUUAACCCCGUCCUGGCCUUCUCCAUCCAGUUCCCCUGCAGUGGCCACACCUACCUGGAAUACUGCUUUGUCUACUGGCUGGGACCCGCCUUAGGUGUGGUGAGCUGCAUCCUGCUGUUUGAGAAGAUCGUCCCGUUCCUCUCUGGAAAGAGUGCCAUGAGGCUGGACAGCCAGCCUGCCCAGAAACAGAAGACACAGUAACAGUGAGGGGGAAAGAACAUGUUUAAGUUGUUUAUUCCACAUAUCUAGACAGAUAAAACCAGUAUAAUCAGAUUUUUUUUCUUUUGUCAAUUAAAGGGGAACUUCAGUUUUUUUCAACCAGGGGUCUGUUUUCAUAUGUAAUUUCAUACAUGUGAGUGAUGGAGAAAUGAAUUUUCGA